GAGGGUGGGCCGACUCUAGAAACUCCAUCGUGAUUGGUUAGCAGCACUUCCUAGUCUCCCUUUCUCGUCUUUGGAUUGGCUGCGCGGGCUCGUCCGCUCUCUGAGCCUGCGUAUUGCAGGACUAGAGCGAGGAAGCGGUCGCGGGCAAGAUGGCGGCGACUACAGCCAGUGUGGGCCGGUUAGAGGAAGAGGCUUUGCGGCGAAAAGAGCGGCUGAAGGCACUGCGGGAGAAAACGGGGCGCAAGGACAAGGAAGAUGGAGAGCCGAAGACCAAGCAGCUCCGGGAGGGGGAGGAGGAAGGCUCGCAGCCCAGGGAACUCCGGCUGAGGAACUAUGUCCCGGAAGAUGAGGACCUCAAGAGGAGGAGGGUGCCCCAGGCCAAACCGGUGGCAGUGGAGGAGAAGGUGAGGGAGCAGCUGGAGGCCGCCAAGCCGGAGCCCGUGAUUGAGGAAGUGGACCUGGCCAACCUGGCGCCCCGCAAGCCUGACUGGGACCUUAAGAGAGACGUGGCCAAGAAGCUGGAGAAGCUGGAAAAGCGAACCCAGAGAGCCAUUGCCGAGCUGAUCCGUGAGAGGCUGAAGGGCCAGGAGGACAGCUUGGCCUCCGCAGUGAGCGCCACCACUGAGCAAGACACCUGCGACUCCGACUGAGGCCCACUCGUCCUGCGGGGGGCCAGUGUUCACCGGACUUUCCUUGGCCUCCAGUUUGUCCUCAGAGCAGUGAUGAGACCCCAGCCCCACCUUGCUCUGUGCACGUGCUGUGUCUGUACAUAUGAAUGUAUUCACGACUUUAUUUUUAUUCUCAAGAAAUAGAGACGAGACCCCUACUCACAGCAGAAA